AUGGAAGACGAUGACGACCGGCUCGAAGGGGCUGACGAAUCACGACCGCGAAGAUACCCCAAGGAGGACACCAGUGCAACUACGUCCAAGGAACUGCGCGGAUGGUAUUUCUAUGGCAUUGCCGCUGAAGCCUACGCUGUAUGCGGUCCUGGAUCGUUCCUGCCCGUAACGCUUGAAGCGCUCGCCCGGCAGAAUGGAGUGCUGUUCUCGGACCGAAAGACACCCUGCGUGCAGCCGCCUUCCAAUCGUGCUCUGACGUCGAGAGAUGAGGGUCCUGCCAACGACCAGUGCGUUAUCAAUGUGUUUGGAGCGGAGAUCACGACGGCGAGCUUAGCAAUGUACACGUUCUCGGCGGCAGUGCUCAUACAGGCACUCGCACUGGUGUCUUUCAGCUCGGUCGCAGAUUAUGGAAGCAAUCGAAAGCGCUUUCUGGUUUUCUUUGCUGUUAUGGGAGCGACGGCUGGCAUGCUUUUCCUGUUCAUAACGCCAUCCAUCUACUUGAUCGCACCACCACUGGGAGUGGUAACGAUCAUGAGCCUAGGCUGCUCGUUCGUCAUGCUCAACGCCUUUCUCCCGCUACUGGCAUCAAAUCAUCCAACAGUACGCGCUCAAGAAAAGGAGCUGCUGCUAGAGCUUCCGCCCUCACGACCAGUCCUAAGUCCUGCAGAACCAUAUACCGCUCCGCCGGCACUCAGGGACUCACCAAGCCCCGCCCUUGCAUUCUCUAACGCUGUCUCAGCCAGAGGCGUUGGACUAGGCUACGCCGCAGCAGUGUUCGUCCAAAUCCUGUGCAUCAUCAUCUUGGUCAUCAACAGCAAGUACAAGAUAUCCACCUCCCCGACCAUUCCACUGCGACUAGCCAUCUUCCUUUCCUCAACCUGGUGGCUCAUAUUCACCAUCCCAUCCUACCUCUGGCUCCGCAACCGCCCAGGCCCCCCACUUCCCGCCCACCUCACCCCAACUUCAUCCGCCUCUCUCACACCAACGAGGGCAAGCCUCAUCCGAGCCAACCUUCGCAAAGUCCUAACCUACACCCUCUUCGCCUGGUCCUCUCUCUACCGCACCCUCCUCCUCGCCCUGCGCCUCACCCAACUCCGCAUCUUCCUCCUCGCCUGGUUCCUCAUGUCCGACGCCAUCGCCACCGUCGGCUCCACCGCCAUCAUGUUCGCGCGCACCGAACUCCAGCUCUCCCCGACAGGCGUCGCCCUCCUCAGCAUCUCCGCUACCUGCUCCGGCAUCUUGGGAACGCUGAUCUGGCCACGCAUCACCCGCCGCUACAGCCUGCGCUCCCCCCGCACAAUCGUCUGCUGUCUCUGCGUCAUGGAGUGCGUGCCCCUCUACGGCCUCCUAGGCUACAUACCCUUCGUGCAGCGCCUCGGCUGGUUGGGUCUGCAACAGGCAUGGGAGAUCUACCCCUUGUCCAUCGUCUAUGGGAUCGCGAUGGGCGGGUUGUCGAGCUACUGUCGGAGUUUCUUUGGGCAGUUGAUUCCGAGGGGGAAAGAAGCGGCGUUCUACGCGUUGUUCGCGAUCACGGAUAAGGGGAGCAGUGCGAUUGGGCCGGCGGUGGUAGGGAGGAUUGUGGAUCAUACGGGGACGAUUCGGCCGGCGUUUUGGUUUUUGUUGGUGUUGAUUGGGGUGCCGAUUGG